AUGGCAUCUAAGCAAGCUUCUUCAAGACUGCGGAAAGAAAUCAAGGCCAUCAGCGAGGAUCCGCCUCCUCACAUUCAUGUCUCUGUGGAGGAGUCGGACAUCCUUGAGUGGCACUACGUCUUGGAAGGCCCUAAGGAGACUCCCUAUGAGGGUGGCUGGUUUUGGGGACGCUUGAGAUUCCCCAAGGACUAUCCCUUCAGACCGCCGUCCAUUUUGAUGGUCACGCCGAAUGGGCGCUUCGAGACCAACACGAGGCUCUGUUUGUCGAUGUCUGACUAUCACCCGGAGACUUGGCAGCCUGCCUGGUCCGUGGCCACGGUCUUGAAGGGCUUGCUCUCCUUUAUGUGUGAGGAGACUCCAACGGCCGGUGCGAUACACCCACCGCCACCCAGUGAAGUGAGGAGAGAUUUGGCCAGCAAGUCCAUCGCUUGGAACAAGGAACAGGCCGAAUUCAAGCGCUUGUUUCCUGAGUUUGACGACAUUGUUGCACAGUCGCAGGUUGCCCAAGAGGCCGAACGCCAGAGACUUCAGGCGACUGCGCCAGUGCCCCCGGUGAUCGCUGUCACUGGAGGCUACGCAGUUCAGGUAUUGACUCAGAAGUCCUAG